AUGGCCACCGUGGACGACGCGCCGUCGACCACCCCACGGUCCUCCCUCACCACAAAGCGACCCAAGCCGAAGAAAACGCUCUGGGAGAGGCUGGUGACGGACCUCUGGAGGGAGCCCCUUAACGCGCGCAGCCGCACACGAGACCGGAUGGGGCAUAUCGACUUCGGCAUGGUUCUCCCCCCCACCCGCGCGCUGUUCUACUGCAUGCUCUGCCCAUACCUCGCCUACGCUGUGUCGUUGCUUGGGCUCUAUGGGUUCUACCGCUGUCUCCGCAGUAUGGUGUUCCCCAAGUACUACCACCGCGACCGCUACUCGAAACGUGUGAUGUACGGCGUGCAGAAACGAGUCUACGAUCCGAAGCACAAGAGGAUUCACGAGAUCCAGAUCGACGACGUUGAGGAGAUACGGCAUGCGAUACAAGUCGUCGGCGAGGCUCGCAAUCAAUUCAUCGACGACCCUGAGCACCCUGGAACGGCGUAUUUAGUCAUUCAGCAGCGUAUUAUGAAAGCGGAGGCGAUUUUUACAGGCGAAAACUGGGCCUGGGCGUUCGUGUCCGAUAGCUGCCGCUAUCUAACCCCUGUUUGUUUUGCGUACCUUUUCCAUCCGAGCUGCCGACGACUAAAUGUCGAUCUUCGGCUGUGGCUCCAGGGGCGAUUGCGGUGGCGGCAAAUCCGUCACCCCGUUCUAAACUUCUUCAAGACCUAUAGUGAGUACAACCGGGUAAUGAGUCGGAUUAACACCACAAAGUCGCCACCCAAAGGCUCCCAGCCGUGGAGUAGGAAUUUAUAA